AAAAUAUGUACAGAGUGAGUGAGCGAAGCCUCUUCUUCUCGGGCUCUCUUUCAGGUCAAACAAACAAGGUCAACAAACCAACAAAAAUACUCGUUCUGGAACUUUGCAUGCUGGCAGCCGUCUUCAAUUCUUGUGUUAUUAUUUUUAAUUCUAUCGUGAUUACUCAAUAUACGAUAUCCAAGCAGGGUCAACAAUACAACAAGACUCACAUACACAAGACGGUAUUUUAGAUCUGCCAUUCACCUCUCGGAAAUUUACAGACGCCUGUUCUGGUCGAACGGGCGGACGACAUGAGCCUGUCCCUGGUCUACCGAGCGGCAAGGGGUCUGGUACGGUCUGAACAGACGAGGCCACAGGGUGCCCGACCCAAUAGGUUCAAUGAUCUCGCAGAAGGAGGGAAGCGGCUGAACUACGCCGAGAGGCGAAAGGCCAGGGAGCAGCUGGCCAAGGAGCGACCGACUUUCAAGAUCCGCAAGGGCAAGAAGGACAUCACCGAGCACCCGGAAAAGGCCAGGCCGAAAUCACGCCAGGCCCGCUUCUAUGACCCAAACUCAUCGUUUGGCAAGAAGAGCCUAGUUUACAAGAUGCAAGCGGUAAAUCUAGGCGAGGACCUAAACGCCCGACGGCAGAAAGCCAGCGGGUCCGCAGACUCACCGUUUGAACGCACCGGGCCGCGGCCAGACUUGCCCCUGCCUCGCCGGACUGUCAAAAAUACGACACGGGGCCGGGAUAGCAAACGCGAUAGAGAUACGGGUGAUGUUGCCGACUUUGUGGCCGAACUCUCGCGGCCCGCUGGUUCCAGCACGGAUGCCCCCCGCAGAGAUGCCGCUCCUCGUCAACACCGAGACUCCCCUCCCCGGGCUAGAGAUAGCUUUAGAGGUAGGGACGCAUUUCCUCGGGAUAGAGGCGGUUUCGGGGACAGGGACGGUCCUCCCCGGGCUAGAGACAGCUUCCGAGGCAGAGAUGCAUUCCCUCGGGAUAGAGGCUCCUUUGGGGACAGAGCAGCCCCUCGCAGAGACAGGGACGCCCCUCGUGGGGACAGAGACACCCCCCGCGGAGAUGGCUUCAGAGACAGAGACACCCGCAGUGGAGACAGGGACACAUCAUUCAGGACCAGGGACUCUCCUCGCGGAGACAGAGAUACGGAUGGCGGGUUCGGAGACGUGCCCCGCCCGGAGCGAGACACCAGCUUCACACCCAGACGGGACCGCGAACCGCUCACCGUCACCUACACAACGGCGGCCUCCCAAUUCCUCUACGGCAAGUCGGUCGUCGAGGCCGCCCUGCGCUCCUCCCGGCGCCAGUUCUACCACCUCUACAUCUACGGCGGCGCCAACCGGCAAAAGCCCACCAACGACGCCCUGAUCCAAGCGCUCGCCAAGCGCAAAAACAUCCCCAUCACCAUCCUCGGCGAAGACGGCAUGCGGCUCCUCGACAAGAUGGCCAGCUCGCGCCCGCACAACGGCUUCGUCCUCGAAGCCUCGCCCCUCCCGCAACCCCCGCUCACCGCCCUGGCCCCGCUCCCAGACGACUACACCACCAACCCGCGCUGCGCCGUCACCCUGGCCCACCAAUCCGCCGAAGAAGCCGCCAUCAACGGCGCCCCCGCCACCGUCCCCACCCCGUCCCCCUCGCACAAACCCCUCAUCCUCGUCCUCGACCAGAUCCUCGACCCGGGCAACCUCGGCGCCAUCCUGCGCACGGCCAGCUUCCUCGGCGCCACCGCCGUCGGCAUCACGCGCAAGGGCUCCGCGACCCUGACCCCCGUCGCCCUGAAGGCCUCCUCGGGCGCGGCCGAAUCCCUCACCUUAUUCUCGGUCGGCGCCCUGCCCGAGUUCCUCAACGAGUCGCGCGCCAACGGCUGGGCGGUCUACGCGGCUGUUGCCGACGGGCCCUCGGGCGCGAAACAGCGCCGCCAUGUGGAUGUGCGCGAUGUGAGCGAGACGGAUCCGCUGAAGCGGGAGCCUUGUGUGCUGUUGGUGGGGAACGAGGGGGAGGGGUUGGCGAGGUUGGUGGUGAAGAAGGCGGAUUAUGAGGUGAACAUUCCGAAUCUGGCGGUGCCGGGGAGUGGGGUGGAUAGCUUGAAUGUGAAGGAGACUUUGUGGUAG